AUGUGGGUUGUAGAGCCAAGGAAGCUACGUGUGGGAGUGCUGCGUGUCGUGACGCUGCUGCCAGACGAGGAUGUGGGUUGUAGAGCCAAGGACGAGGAUGUGGGUUGUAGAGCCAAGGUAGCGACGUGUGGGAGUGCUGCGUGUCGUGACGCUGCUGCUAGGAUAGAGUCUUCCAUCUCCUGGAAGGUAGAUCCUUGUAAGGACUUCUAUCAGUUUGCCUGCGGUGGCUGGGGAAGACAUCAUGGACUGAAUGCGAGGCAGGCCCAUGUGGACGCUGAAAUAAAACAUUUACUAGAAGAACGAACCCGAAGUGGGACGUUCAAGAAGCUGGGGGACUUCUACAGAAGUUGCCUCAACGCCGGCGACAAAACCAUUGUGACACCAAUGUUCUCACUGCUGGAUGACCUGGGAGGGUACCUACCUCCAGACAGUCCAGGACCUCCCAACCUCAGUGCUCUUAUUGGCCGUUUGUUGCGGGUCAACGGCGCGCCUCUCUUGGACCUUUACCUGGACCGUGACCUCCAGAACACCUCAAAACUAGCAAUAUUCCUUGACCUCCCAAGACGAUAUGAACACACCAUCAGACUGCUACAGGGCUUUGAGGAGGUCACAAUGACUGUCUCCCAGUGGCAGUUGCUUCAUCGAAGGCACAAGAGGAAGGCUGAGCAAAGCAGAGCUUACCUUCAUCUGAAGGACAUUUCUGAAGAGAGGAGGCUAUCAACAAUGGAUAAUUUGUUGAAGAUGUUCCUUCCUGCUACAAUGCCUCCAGAGCACCAAAAGAAGGAAGCUCAUAACAUACUCUUAUUUGCUUCCAUGCUAACUAAAUUAUACCCAAGGGCAAAGGAGCUUGCUCAUAGACUGCAACAAGAAGACUCCUUCAUGGCUAGCAAUCCUCCAGAGCUACAAAACCAUUAUGACUUUGUUCAAUGGAAGCCUCUAAUGCAGGAGGUGUUUGAUACAACCAUCUCCUCCUCAGACACAGUGUAUGUGAUGGCUCCUUCCUACAUGACAGGCCUAGCCAGCACAGUGGCUCACUUCCAGCCAAGGAUUGUACACAAUGCCCUGCUACUUAUUUUUGCAACUGAUAUACUGAAUGAGUUGGUCAAUUCGACCCUCAGUGAGAAUGACCGAUCUUCCUUCUGCAUGCGAGUGAGCAUGAACGUGAUGAGUCAACCAGUCAGUGCACUUUAUGUGACACAAUAUACGCCUCAGUACCUUCAUCAUCUCAGCGUCAGGGUGCGGGACAUGUUCAACAAGCUCCGUCGCACACUAGAGACCAGACUGCGCACAGUGCCGUGGCUGGACGACAUGACUCGUACUGCGGCUCUGCGUAAACUAGAGACUCUCAGAGGUCACUUCCUCACCUGGCCACAGCUUUGGAACCAGACCUUCCUCAACUCUCUCAUGGAUCAUUUGGAGGUUACAGAAACAGAUUUCUUCCACAACGUAAUUACAAGAUAUCGCCAGAUUCGGACUCCACCACCUGACUUUCACAAAGAGCAGCCUUCAGAUAAAAAGUGGGCAUUUCCAUUUGUAGUGAAUGCUUUCUAUGACAUCACACUAAAUAGUAUAGCGAUCCCACUGGCUGUGUUGACGCAGCCCUACUUCAGCAAGGACAUUCCACAGUAUAUCCCUUACGCCACCAUGGGCCUCGUGUUUGGGCAUGAGAUGUUGCACGGCUUCGAUCUUACAGGGGUGGAGUAUGAUGAGAGAGGUCGUCGCAAUGCUUGGAUGACUCCAGAGGCCAAGUUGAGGCUGGAAGCCAGGCUGGAGUGUUUGGCCAAGCAGUACAGGGCAGCAUUCAAGCACCAAAUCAGCUUCAUGGGAGACACCAUUGACGUCCAGUUUGAUUGGAACAUUACUCGCAAUGAAAACAUGGCUGAUGUCAGUGGACUGCAAAUUGCUUAUGAAACUUGGAAAAAUUUGCAUGACAAAAUGGCGGACUACAGACUUCCUGGUCUCGUAGCAUUGUCUCCUUCCCAGCUGUUCUUCCUUCAAGCUAGCCAGGUGUAUUGCAGUGACAUUAGCCCUGAGGAUUACAUCAUUCUUGUUGAAAAGGACUUCCACACACCUCCCCCAGAGAGGGUAAAUGGCAUAAUGAUGAACUUCCCUGCGUUUGCUGAGGCAUUCAGCUGCUUUCCUGGAACAAAUAUGAACCCGUUUAGGAAGUGUUCAGUUUACUAAUUAUAUACUGAUUAUAUACUAAUUUUAUACUGGUCUAAACAAAUUUAUUUUACGAAGUUUUAACAUUUUUAUCAAGUUGCAAUGUUUGUUGAUGGAUUUUAUAAGAAUUUUACAAUAAUAAAUGUUUUGAGGUAGGUACGGUAUAAUAUUUAUAAAGACUUUUAAUGCCAUCAUUGCCAUUUUUUUUUAGAAAAUAUAAUGGAUGUGUAGCAUAUAAUAAAAUAUAUGGAUUAUUGUAAUUAUUACUUUUGUGUAGGAUAAUGUUACGUAGUAAUAAUAAUAAUAACCCUAUUACAAAACAUUUUGUUUUAGAAACAGCAUAAGAAAAAUUCUAUUCAAUUUCAAAACAGAUAAACUGAGGUGUAUUUUUCUGUAUUUAAUUUAAACCAUUACCAUACAUUAACUUUUGUAAGAAAAUGUUUUUUCUUCAACAUUUUAAAUUAACUUGUUACAUGGUGGGUUUUACAAAUUUCUCAAUUUCUAAAGAACAAGAAUUGCUUAUGUGAAUCGGUACUACUAACUACUACUGUCAAUGUUAAAAAUAAAAUACCUCUGGUGAAAAUAUGCAUCAAUGAUUGCAUUACCGAAAUUACAGACCGAGUAAUCAUUCCCUACCACCCAUUCCUAUUUGGUGUGUAAUCAACGAGUUGAAGAAAAAAUGUGAUGGAUACAGUAUG